CAAGAGAUUCUUGAGUGUUUCUAACAACCUAGUUGGAAUCCAAUAUCAUAUAAAUGAAAUGUUGAUGUUGUUAGAUAUUGAAUCUAACGAUAGGAAAAUUGUGGGGAUCCAUGGUCUCGGUGGCAUUGGAAAGACAACGAUCGCUAGGGCUGUCUACAAUACAGUCUUUCAUCACUUUGAAGGGUGUAGCUUUAUUGCAAAUGUUCGAGAUACUGCUCAACAUUAUAAUGGACUUGUUCAUUUGCAAAAGCAACUUAUCUUUGAUAUUCUGAAACAAGAAAAUCAAGAUAUUGCUACUGUGGAUGAUGGAAUUAAUGUGAUCCAGCAAAGAUUCUGUGCAAAAAAAGUUCUAAUUGUUCUUGAUGAUGUGGAUCGGGAUAUUCAAGUAACAUCUUUAGUUGGGGACCGCAAAUGGUUUGGUGCUGGAAGUAAGAUCAUUAUCACAAGCAGAGACAGACAAAUUUUACGUGUUCAAGAAGCAGAUGCGAUUUAUGAGCCCAGAGUAAUGGAUUCAUAUAAGUCUCUUGAACUUUUUAGCCAUCAUGCAUUCAGAAGGGACCAACCUCCAGAAGAUUAUUUGGAUCUCUCAGAAGCUAUGGUAAAAAUUACUGGAGGACUUCCCUUGGCUCUUCAAGUCAUAAGUUCAUCUUUAUAUUUAAAGGAAAAAUCAGUAUGGAAAGGCAUGCUAAAAAAGUUGCAAAAAGUUCCCAAUAAUGAUGUGAUGCAAAGGUUGAAAAUAAGUUAUGAUGCAUUAGAAGAUGAGGAGCAGGAAAUGUUUCUUGAUACUGCUUGUUUUUUCAUCGGAAUGAAAAAAGAUAUUGUAUGUCACAUAUGGGAUGGGUGUGGGAUUUCUUUUCAAGUAGGGCUUGAUGCUCUUUGUGUAAGGUCUUUGGUAACGAUUGGUGAAAAAGGUGAGUUAGGUAUGCAUGAUCUACUUCGGGAUCUUGGAAGGUAUAUUGUUUAUCAAGAGAACAAAGAUGAGCCAGGGAAGCGUAAUCGAAUAUGGUCUCAAGAGGAUGUCUUGGAUGUACUGGAUACACAAACGGGAACAAGUAAUGUUAAAGGACUCAGUAUUGAAUUCAGAAGUAUAUCAAGGAGCCCAUGUUUGAUGAGCGAAGGAUUUGCUGCAAUGACAAGACUAAGGUUACUCCGAGUCGAUUAUGCACAAUGUUCUUGGAAUUUCACUCAUUCUUUUUCAGAACUGAGAUGGCUUAGUUGGAAAGGAUGCCCUGACCAAUAUUUCCAAACCAAUUUUCGUCCACGGAAACUAGUAGUUCUUGAUCUAUCAGAUAGUGAGAUCACAGAAAAUUGGCUAGGUUGGAACUACAUCAAGAUGGUGGAAAAUCUAAAAGUUCUAAAUCUCACGUCUUGUUGUCAACUAUCUAGAAUUCCUGAUGUUUCAGCAAAUCGACUGUUGGAGGUAUUGCUCCUUGAAAAUUGUGAAAAUUUGGAUGAGAUUGAUACAUCCAUUUGUUGUCUCACGAACUUAGUCAAAUUAAACAUGAGUGGCUGUAGUAGACUAAAGGAUCUCCCAAGUGAAAUUUGUCAAUUGACAUCUCUCCAAAAACUCAACUUACAAGGAUGCAAAAGUUUAAAGAAGUUGCCGGAGAAAUUGGGCCAUUUGAUAUCCUUGACAAAACUUGAUUUAGGAUGGUGCAAGAAUCUAGUGGAUCUCCCAAGUGAAAUUUGUAAGUUGACUUCUCUCCAAAAACUCAAUUUAUGUGAAUGCGAAAGUCUACAGAAGUUGCCGGAGAAAUUGGGCCAUCUGAUAUCCUUGAUAGAACUUGAUUUAGGAUGGUGCAAGAAUCUAGUGGAUCUCCCAAGUGAAAUUUGUAAGUUGACUUCUCUCCAAAAACUCAACUUACAAUUAUGCAGAAGUUUAAAGAAGUUGCCGGAGAUAUUGGGCCAUUUGAUAUCCUUGACAGAACUUGAUUUACAAUGGUGCGGGAAUCUAGUGGAUCUCCCAAGUGAAAUUUGUAAGUUGACAUUUCUCCAAAAACUCAAAUUACAAGGAUGCACAAGUCUAAAGAAGUUGCCAGAGAAAUUGGGCUGCAUGAUAUCCUUGACAGAACUUGAUUUAGGAUGGUGCGAAAAUCUAGUGGAUCUCCCAAGUGAAAUUUAUAAAUUGACUUCUCUCCAAAAACUCGAUUUAUCAGACUGCAAGAGACUAGUGGAUCUCCCAAGUGAAAUUUGUAAGUUGACUUCUGUCAAAAGCUUCAGGUUAAUUUCAUGCGAAAGUUUGACGGGCCUUUGUCUUCCAUCAAGUUUGACCAGCCUUGAAGUUGAGCACUGCUCUUCAAUUCGAUACAUCUCAGGUCUUCCCUCAAGUUUGACCAGCCUAGAUAUUUGUAACUGCAACUCAAUGGUAAAACUAUCAAGUACAUCAGUAGGCUUGAGAAAUUUAAAGACAUUACGACUUUCGGAUUGCAAGAGCCUAGAAGAAAUUGAAGGUGUUGACGAGAAGAAAUUAAUGGACUCCCUGAAGUUAUUCGAUAUUGUUUUCUGCAGAUCAUUAAAAAAAUUACCAAAACUGACGGGGUCGAAAAAUAUAAGGACUUUAAGGCUGGGUUGGAACGACGUGAUAACCGAUUUUGAAGGCGGGGGGGAGGGGAUGGAGUCCCUGGAGGAGUUGGGGAUAUGGUUUUGCAAAUCAUUAAGAAAAAUACCAUAUCUGCGAGAUUCGAAAAGGCUGAGGAUACUAAAAAUCGAAGAGUGUGAGGAAUUAUCAGAGAUUGAGGGACUUGAGGACUAUGAAUCCUUACAAGAAUUAACAAUUAAUGGGGCCAGAUCAUUUAAAACAUUACCGAAGGAUAUCUCAUUCUCAUUCUCAACAACCCUGAGGUAUUUUGGAAUAAGUAGGUGCUGCUACUCCAUGGAAAGAUUACCUGAUCUUUCAACCUUUAAAGAGUUGAGGCAAUUAUAUAUUGGUAAUUGCGGGAACUUAUUCAAGGAUUAUUCAUGGGAAUUAUCAAAGGAGGAUAUGGAAUUAACCAAAAUUCCAGGCCUUAACAGAUUGGAGUCCUUGCAAAAAUUGGGAAUAGCAGGAUGCAGAGGCAUUCGAGGAUUACCGGAUCUGUCAAACUUAAAAAACAAUUUGAAUGAUCUGAUGAUUCAAGGCUGCAAGAAUCUAGCCGAGAUGCAUGGUAUUGACAGAUUGGAAAACUUAGAGAUUUUGGUUAUUAGUGACUGCGAGUCUUUGGAAAGAUUACCUGAUCUGUCAAACUUGAAAAAAUUGAAGCGUCCAAAGAUUAAAGGCUGCAAGAAUCUAACCACCCAGAUUCAUGGUAUCGACAGAUUGGAAAACUUAGAGAUUUUGGUUAUUAGAUACUGCGAGUCCUUGGAAAGAUUACCGGCUGAUCUGUCAAACCUUAAAAAAUUGAAGCUUCUAAAGAUUAAAGGCUGCAAGAAUCUAAUCACCCAGAUUCAUGGUAUCGACAGAUUGGAAAACUUAGAGAUUUUGGUUAUUAGAUACUGCGAGUCCUUGGAAAGAUUACCUGCUGAUCUCUCAAACUUGAAAAAAUUGAAGCAUCUAAAGAUUAAAGGCUGCAAGAAUCUAACCGAGAUUCAUGGUGUUGGCGGAUUAGAGUUGUUAGAGGAAUUGAAUAUUUAUGGGUGCGAGUCUUUGGAAAGAUUACCGGAUGUGUCAAACUUGAAAGACUUAAGGACACUAAUAGCUAAGGAUUGCAAGAAGCUAACUGAGAUUCAAGCAAAUAAUGGAUUGAAAUCUUUGAAAUGCUUGGAAGUUAGGGGUUGUAUAUCCUUGGAAAAAUUACCAGAUCUGACAAAGUCAAAGGAAUUGCAGUCACUAAAUGGUGUGUACCGCCUACCUGAUAUUGCUGGAAUAGAGAAACUCUUGAUCAAUGGUGGGUGCACAAAAUUACAACUAGGUUUGUCAAACCUGCAGCCUACACACACACUAUGA